AUGUACGGCGGAGGAUACAACCAGCAACAGCCUUACGGCCAACAACCCAACCAGUACGGCGCCCCUCAAGCCCAGUACGGCGCUCCCGCCAACCAGUACGGCGCUCCCCAGGCAAACCAGUAUGGUGCUCCGCCAGCGAACCAGUAUGGCGCACCUCCUGCUGGCGCGUACGGCGCCGCCCCGACGCAGCAGUAUGGAGCGCCGCAGACCCAGUACGGAGCUCCUGCCAACCAGUACGGAGCGCCGCAGACCCAGUACGGAGCUCCCGCCAACCAGUACGGCUCGCCUCCAACCCAGUACGGCUCGCCUCCAACCCAGUACGGAGCUCCCCAGACCCAGUACGGGGCACCGCCACAGCAGUCUUACGCUGCUCCCGCACAACAACCCUAUGGGCAGCAGUCGUAUGGGCAGCAGCCGUACGGACAGCAGCAACAGUACGGACAGCAGUCGUACAACCCUCCUGGUCAGUACGGCAACCCGGCCGGCGGCUACCAGGCGCAACCGGCGUUCACGCCGUCAUCAGGUGGUCCUCGCUUCCUGGGUGUUCAGAUUCCCGCUCCUCCGCCUGCACCGCCGCUCUCGAACCUGCCCAACUACAACCCUCAGUUUGACGCGGACCGAAUCCGCAAGGCCACCAAGGGCUUUGGCACGGACGAGGACACGGUGAUCAACGUCAUGAUGCCCUUGGACGCGUUCCAGGUCGAUGUCCUGAGCCGCACGUUCGAGCAGCAGAACGGCCGCUCGCUCAUGAUCACGAUUGAGAAGGAGAUGUCUGGAUGGCUCGAGUACAUCCUCCGGCUCAAGUCGCUUGGCCCGCUCGGUGGCGACCUCUGGCUGAUCCACCGCGCCGGCAAGGGGAUGGGCACCCACGAGGAUCUGCUUAACGAGACUCUUCUCUGCCGCUCCAACGAGGAGAUGUUCCUGCUCAAGGAGGGCUUCCGGCGGAUGUACAACAAGGACCUGGUGUCAUUCAUUCGUGGCGAACUCAGCAUGAAGACGGAGCGCAUGUUCAACAUGGCACUGUCGGGUACGCGUGACGAGAACCCCAUGGUCAACCACCAACAGGUGCAACAGGACAUUGAGACGCUGUACCGCGCUGGCCCGGGCAAGAUUGGCACGGACGAGAUUAGCAUCUGCGGCAUCCUGCUCCAGCGCUCCAACCAGCACCUACAGGCACUUGCACAAGGUUUCACGCAGCGCCACGGACUCACGCUCUCCAAGAUGAUCGAAAAGGAGUUCUCGGGCCACAUGCGCGAUGGUCUGCUCCACAUAUCGCGCUUCGCUGAGACCGAUGGCAACGGCGUCUACCGCGACGCCAAGCUCUUGGAGGCGGCCAUGGCCGGUAUGGGCACCAAGGAUGAGCGUCUCUGCUACCGCCUCUGCCGCAUGCACUGGGACCGCCAGCGCUUCGGGUUGGUCAAGAACCAGUACCGCCAGUUGUACCGCCGUGACCUCGUGGCACGCGUCAAGGGCGAGACAUCGGGCAAGUAUCAGAACGCCCUCGUCAGCCUCAUCAGCCAGAACUAG